CUCCCUCCUCCCUGACUGCAGCCUGAGGAGAGGAAUCAAUCAGCGCUCAGGCAGCGGCUGGACAGGCACCGAGCAGGAGGUUGCCUGUGAGAAGGAUCUGACAGCGAUUCCCUGCACCCAGCCCAUCCUCCUCCUGGUAACAAAAGCCAGCAAUAUGGGGAGUCACACUGGCAUCAGCAGCACAUGCUGACGGGCACAGCGGCCCUGUGCCUGAACCGUCUGCACGAUGUGACAAUGCAGUGGGACUGAUUGUCUGGUGCCUGGAAGGAAAGUGCACGUUUUAUUUUUUAACUUAUUUUUAGACCCUAAAUUAUGGCUACAGUAGAAGCUGGAAGCACCAUUACCAGUCGCCUGAAAAAUCUGCUCCGCUCACCAUCCAUAAAGCUGAGGAGACACAAGCCUGGGGGCAGGAAGGAAGAUAUUGGUAGCAAGGUGACGUUGGAGAAGGUCCUGGGUAUCACGGUGUCGGCUGGAAGAAGUCUCUCCUGUGAUCCAAAAACCGGCCUUGUUGCGUAUCCAGCUGGGUGCGUUGUAGUGCUGUUAAAUCCCAGAAAGAACAAGCAGCAUCAUAUCCUGAACAGCUCCAGAAAAACUAUCACUGCUCUUGCAUUUUCUCCAGAUGGAAAGUUCUUGGUUACAGGAGAGAGUGGGCACAUGCCUGCAGUGCGGGUAUGGGAUGUGGCUGAACGAACACAAGUAGCAGAACUUCAAGAACACAAGUAUGGCGUCGCCUGUGUCGCUUUCUCCCCAAGCUCCAAAUACAUAGUGUCUGUUGGAUACCAGCAUGAUAUGAUCGUCAACGUGUGGUCGUGGAAGAAAAAUGUUGUUGUAGCAGCAAACAAAGUAUCUAGUAAAGUGACGGCAGUUUCCUUCUCGGAAGACAGCAGCUACUUUGUAACUGCUGGAAACAGACACGUCAAAUUCUGGUACUUGGAUGAAGCAAAGUCCUCAAAGGUGAAUUCUACUAUUCCUCUUUUGGGGCGCUCAGGCCUAUUGGGUGAACUCAGGAAUAAUUUCUUCACUGACGUUGCAUGUGGUAAAGGAAAGAAGGCGAGCAGUACCUUCUGCAUCACAUCCUCUGGGCUGCUGUGUGAAUUCAACGACCGAAGACUUCUGGACAAAUGGGUAGAGCUCAGGACCACCAUGGCAAGCUGCAUCAUUGUGAACCAGGAGUAUAUUUUCUGCGGUUGUGCCGACGGCACUGUACGCAUCUUUAACCCAAACAACUUGCACUUUCUUAGCACCAUGCCAAAGCCACAUCGCCUUGGAGUAGACAUUGCCACAGUCACUGAGGCUAGCCGCCUGUUCUCCAAUGCUGCAGAUGCCAAGUACCCAGAUACUGUCGGCAUGACCUUUGACUCCACCAACCAAUGGCUGUCCUGUGUGUACAACGACCACAGUCUUUAUGUAUGGGACAUUAAAGAUUUGAAGAAAGUUGGAAAAGUCUACUCUGCUCUGUAUCACUCUUCCUGUGUAUGGAGCGCAGAGGUUUACCCUGAAAUGAAAGACAGCAACCAGGCCUGCCUGCCCCCAAACUCUUUCAUCACUUGCUCUUCUGACAACACCAUCCGACUGUGGAACAUGGAGACCUCAAACAUCCACGGCACUGCUUUACAUCGGAAUAUCUGCCUCAACUGCGGUGCCUUAGUUUCCAUUCUUUAUUACAGGGUGCAUGAGCUGCAGUCUCUGAGAGAGCUUUUAAAAGUAGAAGCCCAUGAUUCCGAAAUCCUUUGUUUGGAAUAUUCUAAGCCAGAAACAGGAAUGAAUCUUUUGGCCUCUGCUAGCCGUGACCGGCUGAUCCAUGUACUGGAUGCAUCGAAAGACUACAGCCUUCAGCAAACCUUAGAUGACCACUCUUCAUCUAUCACUGCGGUAAAAUUUGCUGCUAAUGAUGGCAAGAUGCGAAUGAUCAGCUGUGGAGCAGAUAAAAGCAUUUACUUCCGCACUGCUGAGCAGACUGCGGAAGGGUCUGUCCAUUUUACCCGCACACACCAUAUUGUACGUAAAACUACCUUAUAUGACAUGGAUGUGGAUCCCAGCCUGAAAUAUGCAGCCAUUGGUUGCCAGGAUCGAAAUAUCAGGAUAUUUAACAUCAGCAGCGGGAAGCAGAAAAAGCUGUACAAGGGAUCGCAGAGUGAAGAUGGGACUCUCAUUAAAGUGCAGACUGACCCAUCCGGCCUCUAUAUUGCAACAAGCUGCUCCGACAAAAACCUGUCGAUCUUUGAUUUCUACACUGGAGAGUGCGUGGCCACCAUGUUUGGACAUUCAGAGAUUGUGACCGGAAUGAAGUUUACCAACGACUGCAAGCAUCUAAUAUCGAUGUCUGGAGACAGCUGUAUUUUCAUCUGGCGUCUCAGCUCAGAGAUGACGAUCAACAUGCGCCAAAGACUUGCUGAAAUGAGACAACGUGAGAAAGCGAGGGAAAAAUGUACACCACACAAGACUGCAAAUAACAGACGGGAGACCAUUGCUGUGAUGUGCCCGGUUCCUGCGCUUUCAUCUGAUAGUGACAAAGAAGGGGUUGAUGAAGGCAGUGAUGAAGAUAUGACUGGUUCUGACAAGAACAAUGAUCUUGCCAAUUCUUUUGGAAGAAGUGCAUCUUUCUGGGAGAUGAAAAGGGAUAAAGGACCGUCCCUUACCCAGCGCUCAGACUCCCUUGGUAAGACACCCAGGCAGCGCGUCCGCUGGUCUCAGCCUACUGGAAACAUUGAGCUCACUGUGAAGUCCAUGCUUGACCUCCGCCAACUAGAGUCCUUCUCUCCAUGUGAUGACCUUCUCGGGCACCAGGAGGAUCAAGGAGUAAAGUUUAUGGAAUCAAAUGUGCAAGCUGACCUGGAUCCAUUUAUUCCCAUAGGCAACCAUGCUCGUCCCAGGGUUAUUCGUCUUAUGUCAUGUGAGGAAGGAGUGUUUAAACAAGAGUUGGAUACACCGGAUGGCAAGGAGUGCGUCAUCUACCCGGAGAUUGGAGAGGAGCAAACACUAGACCCAUCCAGUGAGUUUGAGGUGCAAGGCUUUCCUCAUGGAGGCUACUCUGAUGACAUUCAGGAGAAGCAUAGCCCCGAUAGUGCCUGCUCGGUGGAUUACAGCAGCAGCCGUCUGUCUAGUCCAGAGCAUCCCAAUGAAGAAGAUUCUGAAAGUACGGAGCCCCUAAGUGUAGAUGGGAACUCGUCAGAUCUAGAGGAGCAAGCAGAGGUUGAGGAGCUGGACACCCCUUGCCUGGUUCUAGAUGGUGAUAUCCCACAGACACCUGAUCACGAAAUGUUCCUUAAACAGCACUUUGGAAAUCUUUCAGCAAACAAUGGCCCAGACGGACCAGUUCUGACCUCAGAGAGGAGUGAAUGUGCCAGCAUGUCAUCAAGGUUUCUUGCAAUGGCACAGGCCCCAGUACUCAGUGGAGACCAUUCUGGGCCCAGCACUUGCCAUUUGUCUGAUCAAGAGGUCAGUCCAGACUGUAAUCAAAGUCCAUUUGAGUAUCCCACAGUGAAUGGCAUCAAUGCUCGGGUGCAAGAUAUUUCCAGCCCGCUCAAACCAACCUACCAGAGGAAGAGGAAGCAGCCAGCAGACGUAAAGAUGGGCAAAGUCCUGCCACUUUUUAACUCUGUUGUUUCAAACAUGCGGAAAACGCAGUCCGUUCAUGAUAUUGUUCAAGAAGUCAAAAUGCGUCCACAGACCCAAACUGCUGCAGAAAAAGAGCAGAAGGCCAUACGCCGACGUACCCUGCCGGUGGCACUAAUGAAAACAGAAUGCCAGUCUUCACCAUUCCAGUCCAAGGAUGUAAAACAGCUGAAGGGUAGAUCCUAUAUGAACCCAACAACUAGCUCCAUCGCCAAGAUCUCCCGGAGUGUAUCUGUCGGAGACAACUUGAACAUUGGGGAGGCACAAGAGACGUCCGUUGGUUCUGAGGGGAAAAACAUUUCUGAGACGGAAGUAGUGACUGUUCCUGUGGAAGAAGAGAAGAACCACAUACCAUUGAAGGACAAUAUAAUAGUCAAACCUAUCCUGCAAACCAGUACAAAUGGCUGUUCACCAAAGACCUUUCAGACAAAGAACCGAGCACAUUUGACUCUUGACAUUGCAAAACCUUUACCAGACCGGCCUUUGCUUUCAUUUAGUAGAAGUAGGAGCUCAAUUGAAAUGGAAUCACCAAGGUCGCCAAGAUCCCCUGGCUGUAGCUGGAAACCUAGAUCAUUGUUUACAGACUUAACCUGCAAGAAUGACAAUCAAUCUUCAGGGGUAUGUGAGAAAGGUCAGACAGAGGAUGCCAGUCAUAGGAAGGACAUCCUGGAAGAAACGGUUGCAACAAGCCUGAUAAUACAUGAACCCAUAGACAAAGUGGACUUGAGUCCAGAAGGAUUUAGGCCUAUUCAUAGAGGGCGAGCUUCUACUAUUGGCCACACUCCCGAUCAUCAUCCAGGACUGUGUCCUGUUGAAACCAUUAGACCUAGAUCUCCCUCAGUUGAUGCAGCAUCUACUCUAGACUCAGCACAAGCGGUCAGCUUUGAACAGUGUGAAAUGAUUGCCUCUGAGCUGCAGGACAGCCUGCGUCGGGCAUUGAGCCUUUAUCGAUCAGUGACCACCCCCGGCCCAGCAGCUAACUUGGACCAUGGUAAAAUAGCAGGCCUCCUGACUGCAACAUUUGGCAUGGUAAAGCGGGAGCUAGAUUCUCUAAAAGAUCAGGAGGCUGAGGCUGCAGUGAAUGAAGAUUUGUCUCCACAACACGAGGACUGCAAGGAAAAACUUGAGCCUUCGGUUUCACAUGGGUCUCAGCAACUGAGUGACGAUAAGACGCUCGCCCUCCUGCAGCAAUACUCUGAACUUUUACUUCAAGCAGUGGAAAAGAGGAUGGAUAAAAAACUGUAAUCCUUACAAGAGAAACGUGGAAUACAUAAUCGCUCAAUAGCGUUUAAAAAAAAUAAAAUACUGCGAGCCAAAAAUCAACAAAAUGCAACUAAAUGGUUAUAUAAACCAGCAACUGCCGACUUAGUUCGGAGUUACUAUAGACCAGCAGCACUUCACUUUUUGGUUUUGCCCAGGGCUAGAGUUCGGUUGUAUGAUUAAACCUAUGACCCUAUACAGGUCACCUACGUUGUGGAUACGGCCGCUGAGCUGAAUGAACACUCUCAUGGCUGCCUUGGCUAUAAGUAGGUUACCUGUACACUUCAUCAAAGCCUUGAAUAAGUAUUAUAUCUGUGCAUUAUAUAGAUUUUAAAUUAUUGAUUUUUAGCUUUAAAUAUUUCUGUGUUUUAUUACGUUCUGACGUUCCCCCCCCCCCCCCCCCCCCCCCCUUCCCUUAAAACUGUUCUUUUAAUCUGGUUCCAUACCAAGUUUCUAAGGGCUGGUUUUUGGGUGUGGUGAAAUAGCCCACCUCAGUUCUAGUCUAUGGACUAUUACCGUUAGACCAGUUACAAUUGUAUGUGUGGUUCAGGACAUGUGGCUCGUGUGGUGGCCGCAUUUCCUGAGCAGACUGCGGCUGGGCUGACCUGAACUCGCUGCAUCAUAGUGAUGUUUGGUGCUGUGAGUUCCGGCCCAUGUCACUGUAGGAGUCGGGAAGAAACUCGCAGCAUCGUGGAUCACGAUGAUGCAGGGAGUUUGGGCCAGCCGAGCCACGGUUAAACUGUGUGUGUUAAACUGUCCUCUGAGUAAGGACCCUACGUGUGUAUGUAUGCCUUAGCCCUGUCCUGUUACAUCUCACCCGUUAGAAUAGCGUCUGUACUACCAGCAGGCAGAGGCAUAUGGGUAGUGUAGUCCUAUCGGCCUGACCUCACAAUAUUGCAAUAAACAAUCCCAUUGGUGAAAGCAGAUGUAUCCGAUCUUACAGCCAUUUUGUGUAUAUAUGAUUGCGGCCUAUUCAUUUCUGUGCACAAGCUGUUGCCGCUUAAAGCCUUAUCUAUAUUAACAUUAUAAGAUCUUGAGCAUUCAGUCACCUUGCUCAUAAUAUGGCUGCUGAUAAAUCUUCUUUCAGUGUGGACAUUUUACACGCCCUGUAUCUAGGGAGCAUCUGGGAAGUUUGGUUUACAAGUUCAGUGAUAUGGUUCCUUCAUGUUUUUAUUGCAUAUUUUUUUGCUACUAGAAUUCAGUGUAUGAACCCAACAUAACAGGUUCCGCUGCAGGUAAACAAUGAAGAGCGCUACCUCCUCUUCAGUCAGCGGGGGUGCCUGGUGUCGGACCCCUGCCGAUCUGAUAUUGAUGACCUAUUCCGAGGACAGAUCAUCAGUAUUAUAAAUGCGGACAACUCCUUUAAGGUGGCUAUAAUAUCACAUACGGCAGGGGAUCUGACCUGUGUAGCAUCCACCAAUUGUUAACGCAGAGUGUAGAAAGCUAGAAAAGCAGUGUGGCCCCUUCUCCUAGUGUCAGCUCAGCUAUGUGUAGAAAGCUGAAUAGUGUGACCCAACAGAGUCAAUGCCAAUCAUGCAAAGAUGAAGUGGCACAGCAUGCCUCUACUGCCUCUGUUGUCUCGUUCUGGUGGCGGGUGCAGUAGUCGGACGUAAGGGGCAUAUUUCAGUCCACUAGUAUAUAUCCUGAGAACCCCCCCCCCCCCC